AGCACGUGUGACGCGCACGUGAGAGUACUCCACUAUAAAAUGAAGAGCCCUAUAACUGGCGGGAAUAUCAUUCAUCUUGUAACUCCUCAAUUUCCGACCGCUGCCAUGAACAACGGCAACAGCAAGAAGCGACCGCCGCCGCCCCCCGCCCAUCAACCGCCGCAACAGCAGCAACAGCAGAAGCACCACGCUGCCAUGGAUGAAGAAGAGAUGGACGAGGACGUGUUCCUCGAUGAAACCCUCCUCUAUGAGGAAGAAUCCCAGGUCCUCCGAGACAUAGAGGAGAGGCAAGCCCUCUCCUCGCGUCUCUCCAAGUGGAAACGCCCCACUUUGUCACUCUCCUACCUCUCUCAGUCACAAAACAUCGUGUUUCAGCAAUUGGAGAUUGAUUACGUGAUCGGAGAAAGUCACAAAAAAUUGCUUCCUAAUUCGUCUGGUCAGGCUGCUAUUAUCAGGAUUUUUGGGGUUACCCGAGAAGGACAUAGCGUUUGCUGUAAUGUUCAUGGAUUUGAACCAUAUUUCUACAUCAAUUGCCCUCCAGGAAUGGGUCCUGAUGAUGUUUCCCAUUUUCAUCAAAUUCUUGAGGGGAGAAUGAGGGAGGCGAACAGAAACAGUAAGGUUCCUAAGCUUGUUUGCCGAAUAGAGCUGGUGCAGAAAAGAAGCAUUAUGUACUAUCAGCAACAGAGUUUCCAACCUUUUCUUAAAAUUGUAGUUGCAUUACCAACUAUGGUUACCAGCUGCCGUGGUAUCCUUGACAGAGGCAUACAGAUAGAUGGGCUUGGUAUGAAGAGCUUUAUGACUUAUGAAAGUAAUGUUCUUUUUGCACUUCGAUUCAUGAUUGACUGCAACAUCGUUGGCGGCAAUUGGAUUGAAGUUCCAUCUGGAAAAUAUUGCAAGUCAGUGAAGAAUCUGUCUUAUUGCCAAUUAGAGUUUGAUUGCCUUUAUUCAGAACUGAUUAGCCACGCUCCAGAAGGAGAGUUUUCAAAAAUGGCUCCGUUUCGCAUAUUAAGCUUCGACAUUGAGUGUGCUGGUCGGAAGGGUCACUUUCCGGAGCCUACACAUGAUCCUAUUAUUCAGGUGGCCAAUCUGGUUACCUUGCAAGGACAGGACCAGCCAUUUGUUCGGAAUGUCAUGACCCUAAAGUCAUGCUCACCAAUAGUAGGUGUUGAUGUGAUGUCAUUUGAUACUGAAAGGGACGUGUUACUAGCUUGGAGGGACCUUGUUCGUGAAGUGGAUCCCGAUAUUAUAAUUGGAUAUAACAUCUGCAAGUUUGAUUUGCCCUAUCUCAUUCAGAGAGCUGAUGUUUUGGGGAUCUCAGAAUUUCCAAUACUUGGACGCAUCAGAAACAGCAGAGUCCGUGUCAAAGAUACUACUUUUUCUUCAAGGCAGUAUGGAACAAGGGAAAGUAAAGAAGUAACAGUGGAAGGGAGGGUCCAAUUUGAUUUGCUUCAGGUCAUGCAAAGGGAUUACAAGUUGAGUUCGUACUCGCUGAAUUCUGUUUCAGCACACUUUCUUAAUGAGCAGAAAGAGGAUGUUCAUCAUUCUAUCAUAUCUGACCUUCAGAAUGGGAACCCAGAAACAAGGAGGCGAUUGGCUGUAUACUGUCUGAAGGAUGCCUAUCUCCCACAACGGCUUUUGGACAAAUUGAUGUUCAUUUAUAAUUAUGUGGAGAUGGCUCGUGUCACAGGUGUCCCUAUCUCUUUUCUUCUUUCCAGAGGACAGAGUAUUAAGGUGCUUUCUCAACUUCUUAGAAAGGCAAGACAAAAGAAUCUUGUUAUUCCAAAUGUGAAACAGGCUGGAUCUGAACAAGGAACUUAUGAAGGUGCCACUGUUUUGGAGGCUAGAGCAGGAUUCUACGAGAAGCCAAUUGCAACAUUGGACUUUGCCUCUCUGUAUCCAUCAAUUAUGAUGGCAUACAAUUUAUGUUACUGCACUCUGGUAACCCCUGAAGAUGUUCACAAACUCAGUCUUCCACCAGAAUGUGUUAAUAAAACUCCAUCUGGUGAAAUAUUCGUCAAAUCAAAUUUACAGAAGGGGAUACUUCCAGAAAUUCUUGAAGAACUGCUAGGGGCUCGUAAAAGAGCUAAAGCUGAUUUAAAGGAAGCAAAAGAUCCGCUUGUGAAGGCUGUGCUAGAUGGUCGUCAGCUGGCUUUAAAGAUAAGUGCAAAUUCCGUAUACGGGUUUACAGGAGCUACUGUUGGUCAAUUACCAUGUAUAGAGAUAUCUUCAAGUGUUACAAGCUAUGGUCGACAGAUGAUCGAGCAUACAAAGAAACUUGUGGAAGAGAAAUUUACAGUACUUGGGGGUUAUGAGCACAAUGCUGAGGUUAUAUAUGGAGAUACAGAUUCUGUAAUGGUACAAUUUGGCGUGCCUAGUGUUGAUGCAGCUAUGCACUUGGGCAGGGAAGCUGCUGAUUACAUUAGUGGGACAUUCAUUAAACCCAUAAGACUAGAGUUUGAGAAGGUGUAUUAUCCAUAUCUACUGAUUAGCAAGAAGCGAUAUGCUGGUCUUCUAUGGACAAAUCCAGACAAGUUUGACAAAAUGGACACUAAAGGCAUUGAAACAGUUAGAAGGGACAACUGUCUUUUAGUUAAAAACCUGGUAAAUGAAUGCCUUCACAAGAUUCUAAUAGAAAGGGACAUUCCUGGUGCUGUCCAAUAUGUCAAAAAUACUAUAUCAGAUCUUCUCAUGAACCGCAUGGAUUUGUCUCUUUUGGUAAUUACCAAGGGUCUAACAAAAACAGGAGAUGAUUACGAAGUAAAGGCAGCGCAUGUUGAACUUGCCGAGCGGAUGCGUAAGAGAGAUGCUGCUACUGCUCCAAAUGUUGGGGAUCGUGUACCAUAUGUCAUUAUUAAAGCUGCAAAAGGUGCCAAGGCUUAUGAAAGGUCGGAGGAUCCUAUUUAUGUGCUUGAAAAUAACAUUCCUAUAGAUCCUCAAUACUACCUUGAAAAUCAAAUAAGCAAGCCACUUUUAAGGAUAUUUGAACCCAUAUUGAAGAAUGCUAGCAAAGAACUUCUUCAAGGCAGUCACACAAGGUCUAUCUCCAUCUCAACUCCUUCAAACAGUGGCAUUAUGAAAUUUGCUAAGAAGCAGCUUACUUGCAUUGGCUGCAAGGCUCUAAUCAGUAAUUCUGAUCGGACUCUCUGUUCACAUUGCAAAGGAAGAGAAGCUGAACUCUAUUGCAGAACUGUAGCUAAUGUGUCUGAGCUCGAGAAGCUUUUCGGGAGGCUGUGGACUCAGUGCCAGGAGUGCCAAGGCUCUCUUCAUCAGGACGUGUUGUGCACCAGUCGGGACUGUCCAAUAUUCUACCGGAGGAAAAAGGCACAGAAAGACAUGGCAGAAGCGAAGCUUCAAUUAGAUAGGUGGAACUUUUAGCACUGUGGCUUCAACAGGAUGUGUAUCUUUUUGCCUGCUGGAAGGCUGGUGUCUUUUUUGGGUAGCAGAUGAAGCAGUUGAGAUAAUGGAGUCGCAUCUCAUAUCUGACUGAGCGCAAUUGUUAAAGCCAUGAACGGAGUGGUUCCGCACUUCCACUUCCACUUCCACUUGCAUCGAACAAGAAUCCCAUCUAUGGUGACUAAUCGUAUAACCGGCUGUAAUUUCCUUUGUUUGUUUGUUUGUACGAACGAACUCUAAACCCUAAAGUGGUUAAUGUGAUACUAUAUAUUACAAUUG